AUGCCGCGGGUGCGAGCAAAUCCGCCUCGGCUCGUCCCGCUUUGCACUUCCCAAUUGAUGUUAGUGAACUAUGCAUGUGGAACGGUGUCAUUAGUCCCAUCCCCAUUUCUAUCUUCUAACACACCAGAUGUAGGAAAUGAGAAUAGAAAUGGAACAGGAAGUAGUCAAGGAGAUGGAAAUGGGACAGAGAAUGGAGCAGGAGAAGGGGAAAACAGGCAUAGGCCUAGGCAUAAGCGUAGGCAUAGGCAUAAGGAGAUGACACCCGAACAAAGUUACUGUUGUCGGUGGAUGCAGAUAGUGGAGAGAGAUUGUGUUUGUGAUAUCCUAGCACACUUGCCGCUCUUCCUUUCCUGGCAUCUCCAUCACUACACUGUCAUUGUUGGUGAAACCUGCAAAGUCACCUUCACAUGUGGAGGGCGACUAUGA